AAAUGGUCAAUAAUAAAACAAUCUCGUGGUCGUGUUUGUUGAACAUUCUAGAUUUAUGUUUGCUUUAUUCUGUGAUACUUUCAAGCACUUAUAGGCGACAUUACUUUUUAGAAAUUUUAGUUUUUUGAGGAAAUUCACUUUUAGUUAACCUAAUAGGUUAUACAACUGUACUGCUAUAUCAAGAUGGAUACCUAUAAAGCGACUUUUCAAACGGUUUUAGUGCCAUUUUACUUAUCAGUAACACUUGUGUUGAUGUUUUCAAAUGUGAUAGGGAAGCCUCAGGAAAAACAGAUUGGCCCGUGUGAGGGUAUGGACUGUAUGCACGGGAUUCUCAUGCACGGGGACGAUAAGCAAGGAGACCAGCACACUGCGGAGGAUCAGUAUCUUAGGUUUAAAUCUCAGCUGGAGACAGGCAAAGCAGACAUUGGUCCAGAUAGCCCGGAAAAUACCUUCCACGGGGCUUUAAUGCAUGGGGACAUGGAAGCUGGUAAACACCACGAUGAAAAUGAGAACAAGCAGAUACUGCCUGAAGAUGGGCAUAAAGCCGGGGUCCAGGAUUUGCAUGACGUCAUACAUAAUGGGAUGCAUGGAGAAGAGCCCGUCGAUAAACACGAAUGGAGCGAUAAAGAAACUAUCAAAGAACAAACAGAAAAUGGUCCGGAAAAACUCGAGAAACUCAUGCAUGGUAUUCUGAUGCAUGGCGCUUCUGACUUUAAGCAUAGUGAAGAAGAAACAGAUGAAACUGAAAUUCAGACCGGAGACGACACUAUUGUAAUGCCUGUUAAUGGUGAAAAGAUUAUGCAUGGUCUGUUAAUGCACGGCGAUAUUAAUGCUCAACAUGAUCAUGAGCAUGACAAUUCGGAGGAGUCAUCAGAUUCUUUGGAUGUUGGGCCCGAUACAAAAGCGCUUCAUGGUAUACUUAUGCACGGUGAUGCAAAUAUUGGGGAAGACCACUCCGAGGAGGAUUCAAAUACAGUUCACGAUGUGUUUAGAGACAUUUCACUGAUACCACAGCUAGGUUUAGACGAAGACCUUCUAAGAAUUAUUGGUCUUGAAAAACUAUUAGAAAAAGACAGGGAAGAAUACGCUGAAUGGAUACUUAACAACCCUCAGUUCCAGGAUGAAUCAAUGAUGGGAUCAACUUAUCUUACUGUUUCUGACACUAUGUUAAAUGACAUGGAACUAAUGAAGAAGAGAUAUUUGGAGAAAACGAAUACAAACAUAGACGAGGUAGACAGUUUUAAAGAUAUUCCGUUUACAUCUGAUGACGCAAAUGCUGUUCUUUCAGAGGGCCAAGAUCGGUCGGCAGACGGUGAAGAUGCAAGGCACGAUUUGGAAUUGCUAGGAAGUACUGAGCCACUUAAUGCGCGCCAUAAAGUAAAGAUGGAAUUAUUAAGGGGACGUGAGUCUCUCAAUUCUGAUGAAGACUAGUAAAUAUAGCCAUUCGUACGAUCAACACGUGUGUCUGUGAUCAAAACAUCAAAAAAAUUAUUAUACAUAAUAACAUGGAUUCGAUUUUCUUAAUUGUUACUAUUACCAUUCGAGUUUAUCAUUACUAUAUUACAAUGAAGUUUACAGAUUCAAACAUAAAAAGUAAUACUAAGCAGUAUAUUAAACAAGGAUCAAUUGUAUAAUAAUGUUGUCAUCAG